CAAUCCGGCAGAGCACUUUCACUUUUGAGCGCAGUGAGGACACACAGAGUGGCCGGAGGGAGAGACGCAGAAGAGGAGGCCACGGACUCCCCCGCUUCAAACCACCAACCAGUUCCGAGCGAGGGGGGAAGUGAUUUUCACGUUGGGCUGCUGAGGAAGAUUCUAGGUCAGUAGUGAGAGGGAGAAAGGGAAAUCUAGUGGAGAAUAAACAAAAGCUUUCAUAGGGAAGGGCCGCAGCCACUCAGGCUUAAGUGGGAAAAACCCAAAGUGAGAGAGGAGGAUGGCGUGAUAGAAUAAGUGAGACGUUUAUUGGAAAGUGCCGAAAGGAGUCAAAAGUAAGGAGUGUUUCGGCGAUGUCAGCGAGAAGACUGAAUAUCAAACGGUGAAGGAGAAAAAAAAAAGGAAAAACAGACGUCAAAGAUCUGUGGGAAACACAGAGGAGGAACCUUUGCCUUUCACAGAGUGACACGGGAACCUGUCUGCAGAGGGAUUGCCAUCAACAAGAGAAAUGGAGAAGUGUCCAUUCUCAGAAAGAUAAAAGGAUGUCACUGCCAGUUUUGCUGUUGCUAUCACUCUUGACUGUCCGAUGUGGUGGAUGCGACUUUGACUGGCAAGGUGUGAAAAACAUUAAAGCAACUAUCGACUCCAAUCCGACUGGAUUUCGGACGGUGUUUCCCAGAGAUUACUAUGUAGUUCACCGCUACACAAAAAACAUGCUCUGUAACUCUGAUCCGUGUUGUGUGUUCCCGGCUGCAGUGGUCCUCCUCGAGUCCUGGCAAGUGCUUCACGGGAACCUCUGGGACGAGCACCUAAAUCGCUCUUUAAUCAUCGAUCUGAAGAUGACACUGAGUAAAAUUAUAAAGAAGAACAUAAAUACAGUGAGGUUCCAGGAGGAGACGGACCUGUCCCAGUUCUCCACGUUGUCGUCGUCCCCCGAAGAACUGCUCAAGCUAACGUCAGAACUUCUCACCCGAUGGCUCGAUGUUGGGUGCUUGCCCACCAUCACAACCUGCACCCUGCCCACUUUCCCCCCCUCGGCCGACAGGAAGGACUACGGCCCGUCGAGGGCCAGGCUCCUGACGACGCGAGCCGUCAGCAGUGACGAGGAGGAAGAGCAGUCUGACGAGAUGAUGGACAUUACACUGCCGCUGUCUAACGGUGGCCCUCCGUCCCUUUCAUAUUCCGCCUCCCUCUGGAGCCCCGUGCUAUUCAGACUUUACCGGUGGUUGUUGCCAUAGUUACCGAAAAAGGAUCUUUUUUUCUUGUUGUGAUGCACACAAAAUGCAAGACGUUUUUCCUGGCACUAAAUGUUUGUUUUCCUAUGCUUGUGUCUUUGUGUUUUAAUACAGCAAGCUUUGUUAAUGUGAAGUGGCAUGCACAGGUUGCAUUCAAUGUCCAAAAUUAGGUCACAUAGUUGUGCAACAGUGCUCUGUAACCGCUGAUAUCACAGAUGUAAACGUAUAGCCGUCUUCUCUAGAGCAAGCCAAGAGCUCUAACUAGUUACACUCUUCAUGCUAAUCAGAGAUAAAUGCUGAGCAAGCCCAAGCACAGAAACCAUCGUUCAUCCAUGUGGGAUUCAUCACUGUUUACAAUUAUGUAAAUGAAAUAUUUGGCCGUCUGCUUUUGUACAUAAUUGUAAAUUAAAGACAUUUAGAUAUAUAUAUAUAUAUAUAUACAUCUAUAUAUACAUUGUUUUUGAUAUAAUAUCCCAAGGAUUGUGAGCUAUAUUUAUUGUGGUUUUUCAGUUUGAUAUUAAUGAUGGUGGGCAACAAAGUACAUUUAAUCAAAUGAUGCUCAAUUUGGUAGUUCCAACUGUACCAACUGUAAAGUGCAUAAAAAACAACAUUGUAACAAGCACAGUGUAACAAUCCCAGGCAGCACUUAUUUUUGAUGCUUUAAUGUAUUUUACAAAAACUACCAAAUCGCUUCAUUUGAUUUCAUAUUCAAAUACACAUUUUUUUUAACUUGUAACAGCCUAUAUUUACAUUGCGGUAUUAAUAUUUUUGCUCAAGUAAAAGAUCUGUACGACAGUAUAAACAGCACUUUGUUUUUUUUAUCUCCCGUCCUGCUCAAUGAGAUGAGAUUUUUGUUUAGGACUUUGCAUUCCAUCAACAUGACAGAGUCCGUGUUAGGAGUUCACAUUCAUGGGAGCUCAACAGUUUCUGUCUUCUCUCUAAAAGACUCCCUCCCAGUGUUCAAAUACUUUACUUCUAUUUAGUAACUCUAAUAAAAAAGCCUCUGAGGCGGGUUGCAGAAGAGGGAGAAAUGCACACCGGAUCCAACAGCUUUCCAGAGGGCUUCUGAAUCAUGUUCGGAUUUACACGAGGAAUAGAAAGUCUUGUGAGGGAGGAGAAAGUCUUGCACUUGUCCCUGCAUGUACACACCCACGCAUGUAAUGUGCAAUUGUUUUCGUAGUCCUUAAAAUACUGAGGUAUGUAGUAUUGGCCACUGGGGAAACAGACUUUUUGGCUUACACCUUCAAUUUUCCAUUGGAUGUGAAAGAAUGGGACGACCCUAAUGUAGCAUGGAUGCAGAUUGGAGGAAGACUGAACAUAGUGCUCAAAGAAAACAUUUUUACACAAUAAAGA